GAAAUGUGUAUUACUCCUGCAGGGAACAGGGGGGGGGGUGUCGUGGGCCUUAGCAGCCGCUCCAAUCAAUAUGUUCGUCAGGCUCCAGUCCCAGAACGGGGUGCACCUCUGGCUGUUCCACAAAGGCGGCAUAAGGGUUAAGAAGCGACUAGUGAGUGUGGGCCCUCCCCUUGAGGCCAGUGGUCGACGUGAGUACAUGGCAAUUGGGAACGGGGUCCGGCUGAUGUAUGUGGGGCUGGAGGCGAUGUAAGGCAGCUAUGACUGUGCGUUUGGCUUUUAGCUCCGGCCACCGCAGAAGUCGGGCCCUAGCCAUCUCCCCCAAUGCGAGGCUGCUUCACAUAUAUGGGUGGAGAGGGGGUCCCUUCCGCAUCCUUCAUAGGCACGGACUGCUGCAUCCGGCUGGAAGAUGAUUCAGGAUGUAGGAACUUCAUGGCUUCCUCAUAAGAAGGAAGGAUCAAUGCAGCCAGCACAGUGAACGCUUUGAGAAAAGAACAAUGCUAAUAGGCUUCUAACAAUGGGCUGCAAUAAUACUGCCCUAGACAGUUGUAUGCUUCCAAAUCUCAGCACUGCUACUGCUCCUCCAGAUUCUAGGUUUGCAUUUCCCACCCCACUCAGGAUAUUGUUGGCAAUAAUAAUGAUAGUGAUGAUUGCUAUUGCUUUUUUGGGCAAUGCCAUUGUUUGCCUUAUUGUCUAUCAGAAGCCAGCCAUGCGUUCAGCAAUCAAUCUCCUCCUGGCAACACUGGCAUUCUCUGACAUCAUGUUGUCCCUUUUCUGUAUGCCCUUUACUGCAGUAACAAUAAUAACUGGGAGUUGGCUCUUUGGAACUCAGUUUUGCCAGAUAUCCGCCAUGCUGUACUGGUUUUUCGUGUUAGAAGGUGUGGCCAUUCUACUUAUCAUCAGCGUGGAUCGUUUCCUUAUUAUAGUACAGAGGCAGGACAAACUGAACCCACACCGUGCCAAGAUCAUGAUUGCUGCUUCUUGGGUAUUGUCUUUUUGUAUCUCAUUUCCAUCGAUGGUUGGGUGGACGUUAGUGGAGGUGCCUACACGUGCUCCACAAUGUGUCCUCGGUUAUACAGACAUCUCUGCUGAUAGAGUUUAUGCAGUCAUGCUCAUAGUAGCAGUCUUCUUUAUUCCAUUUAGCGUAAUGCUGUAUUCGUAUUUGUGUAUCCUGAACACCGUUAGAAGGAAUGCUGUCCGAAUUCACACUCACGCCGACAGCUUGUGCCUCAGCCAAGUAAGCAAAUUGGGACUUAUGGGACUGCAGAGGCCACACCAAAUGAAUGUGGACAUGAGCUUCAAAACCAGGGCCUUUACCACUAUUUUGAUUCUUUUCAUUGGAUUUUCUCUCUGCUGGCUUCCUCACUCAGUAUUCAGCUUACUCUCAGUAUUCAGCAGGACAUUUUACUACAGCUCUUCAUUUUACAUCAUCAGCACAUGUAUCUUGUGGCUCAGUUACCUGAAGUCUGUCUUCAACCCUGUUAUAUAUUGUUGGAGGAUCAAGAAGUUCCGCGAGGCCUGUCUGGAAUUCAUGCCUAAAACAUUUAAGAUCCUUCCAAAAGUACGAGGAAGGACAAGACGGCGGAUUCAUCCAAGCACAAUUUAUGUGUGUGGUGAACAUCAGUCAACUGUUUAAGAAACCUCUUCAGGGAUAUUUGUAAAAUGAGCACAAACAGUGUAGUUUGACAUUCGAAAAUGGCUUACGUGAUCAUGUUUUUUUAAUUUCAAAACUGAUUAUACAGGUCUUGUUAGGCUCUAUUCUUAUUGUAUUUCAUAACAAUGCACAAUUAAUGGAAUGAUAAUGGGAAGGUGUGUAGCAGAUGGGCAUUUCCUCACUGGUUACUUAAUAACACCAACGAGACAUGGUACAUGUUGUUCUCGACCUCAGUUGUUGGCCAAAAUCAAUCCUCAUGAUGCUUUCAGUAAUGGUAACUGAAAUGUGUCCACAGAGGAGGGCAAGUGGGGGUGGCUGGUUCCACUUCAUUGUGGACAGCAAUAGUUGAAUAUAUUUGUGUUUAGGUGAUUUUGCCUGUGUUGGAGAGAGACUGAGUUUAAGUGCUUGCAUGUGUGAUUGGGAAUAAUCCGAACUCAAUUUGAUUUCAAGAUUUAUCAAACCUUUACCCUGGGAAUAAUUUGAACUAUUCACCACCAAGUUCAUGUAUAAGUCAGUGGGAGAGGUCCAGUGACCCAUUUGAAGAUGUUAAUAUCAUUCCUGACAUUCAACCUUUGAUAAAUUUUAGCUCCUGUAAUUAUUUGUUUAGAAGGUAUGUUUCAUUGCUUCAAGAUUAUGUUUUCGAUCUAGAGUUGGACUGGUGCUUCUGGGGCCAAUCAGAAGUGUGACUUCCAGGCACCUCCAUAAAAACUAAAAGGGCCUUCCUAACAGAGCCAAAUUUCACAUCGCUCCCAGACCCCACACAUGUGCGAAGGCGGUGCCUGCUUUCGUCUUCCCUGAUCUGGUCAGGCCAGGGGGAAAGGAGAGCGGAUGGUCCGGGUGGGAGAACUGGGCUGGCGGGCCCCAUAAAGACCGGAGCCCACCGGAUUUUUGUCCAGUAUUCUGCUGGCCCAGUCCAACACUGUUUGGGUCUGUCUACCUAUUGAUUGUCGGAUCUGCCCGUUUAUUUGCAGCUCGGUUCCUUUUGGCUAGUCCUGUUGUACAGUAUCUCAAUAAGUCUCAACAAAGUACCAUUAUAUUUCACUUACUAAUUAUCUAAUGUAUACAAAUACAGUAGAACCCCCCAUUUUACAUUUUUCAGGGACCAGAAAAAUAUGGUGUAAAAUCCACGAAAAUGUAAAAUCAGGGAAAUGUAUUAUGCAUAUCAUAUAGGUGGGACUACAAAACAACAAUGUAAAAUGAGGGAAAACUUAAAAUCAGGGGAUGUAAAAGAGAGGUUCUGACUAGCCUUCUACAUAGAAAUUUUCUUAUCCAUACAGUCAACUUGUGUAUUAAUUCAAGAUGGUACAGCCACCUCUGAGAUUAAAUAACUUUCUAUAAUA